CAACAAACCCGUUGGGGAAAGGAGACGCCCGUAGAACCAUGGCUCCCCGUUGUCUCUAAACAAAAACAAGGUUGAACAGCAUCCAGAUAUCCUGCUGUGGCCUUAUUCCAGAGUCAUGCCAAGAACAAGUGAACGUUUGAUAAGAAAUGGGUACUAUGACAUGUAUGGACAACCACUUAUUUCAUACAGAGAGAUGCCAAACAGAAGGAGGCGCAUAACAGGUCGCCCUGUACAUGGGGAGGCAACAUUUAGAGAGAGGUUUCAUAGCCUUGAGGACAAUAUGACUGUCCAAGAAAACCAGACCAUGGACACUCUGAUACGGGAUUGUUAUAACAUCUUUGUCUUUGUCUUUGUCAUCUUUGUCGUCUUUGCUUGUAUUUGCCGAAUUAUUUCCCUGCACUCGCGAUCUUCAGAAUUAUAUGUCACACCAACUCUAACAGACAUGGUUACAAUCUCUGGAGGUGAGGAUCAGGUAUAUCUCUCCAGGCUGCAGUCGUUGGAGGCAAAGCUUGAGUACCUUCUACCACAAGCAGAUCUGUGGCCCAACUUUGCUCUGGGGUCUCAAGGAGCAACGAUUUUACACAAGAUGACCUCAAAAACAUAUCAGAGCAUUAAAGGAUGUAGAUGGUUUGGGAAGCUACCUCCAAUAGGCCCAAACAUUGUUAUUCAGGGAGGAACUGAUCUGAUUCCAGGACAAUGCUGGGCCUUUGAAGGCUUCCCGGGACGUUUAUCCGUCGAACUGUCAAACAAAGCCACAGUCACUCAUGUGUCGCUGGGUCAUAUUCCCAAGAUUGUUUCCCCAACUGCGUCAGUCUCCAGUGCUCCUAGAGAAUUUUCUGUCUAUGGAAAGAGGAAUUUAGAAGAUGAGGAGAGUCAUUUGGGAACUUUCCUAUAUGAUGAAGAUGGAGACCGAAUACAGACCUUCAGACUUCCCGUAAAUAUGUCAAAUUAAUGUUUUAUUAACUAAAUACAGUUCUCACAAAAGCCCAGAGUGACUGACCCUGUUAUAAAUAUUGAUCAUCUUUCCUAACAUACAACCAUAAGGUUCUUCACUGGGUGUUUCUAGCAUUCAAUAAAAAAAAAAAACAACUUUAAAUAAAAUGGCAGAUACCGUAUUAUUGUUCCAUUCAAAAUGCUCCAAUGAAAAUUUCUAUUUAAAUCAUAAAAAUUAUGUUAAUCUGCACUUCCAGAGCUGUUGCGUGAGACUGCAACUGGUAGAUAGCAUUGAAAAAUUAAUCUAUUAGUCAAGUUUGUAGCAAAAAAUAUUAUUUUUUGUCAUGAUAACAAUUCAUUUGUUAUCCCUGUGUUACUACAUAACAUUUUGUUUUCUGGUUAGCAGGAUAUCAGUAUAACCUCCAUGCUAUCUUGAGAAAAACUAUGCAAAAUAUUUUUACAGCAAGGCCAGUUGAACUAGGCUUCCAUGCACUUUAAGACAGACCUCCUUUGUUUCUAUUGUCUUUCUAUUUGUAACUAUGGAUUAUUAAUCUACUUUACAGGCCAAUAAAGUUGGUUCCUUCCGCUACGUGAAUCUACAGGUGAACAGCAACUGGGGUCAUCCGGAUUACACCUGCCUCUAUAGCUUUAGAGUGCAUGGAGAACUUGCUGAAUGACAAGGACAACAAGGAGGAAAGGGUUUUCUCCUUUCAUAUAUUACUUUUGUAUAUGUUUAGAUAAUUAAUUUUAAGUCCUCACAAAAAACAGAUACACCAGUCAACCAUAAGUAGACAAACAAAUGAAGAAGGAAAAACAACACACACACAUACAUAAAGGCUCUCAGACAUGUACAACAUGAACCAAUUACAUUUUCUUGUUGUCCCCCCAACCCUCAUCUUGGUGCCUGUAUGUUGGGGUUUACCCCGGUGAACAAGUGGGUAACCUCCCUCCGCCUACGAGUGGGGGGACAGGUUCUGACUGUUAUUUGUGCUUACACACCAAACAGCAGUUCAGGCUACCCACCCUUUCUGGAGUCCUUGGAGGGUGUACUGGAGAGUGCCCCUCAUGGGGAUUCCCUUGUUCUACUGGCGGACUUCAACGGGACAGUGGGCAAAGACAGUGAGACCUGGAGGGGUGUGGUUGGGAGGAAUGGCCCCGCUGACCUGAACUCCGGUAGUGAACUGUUGCUGGACUUCUGUGCUCGUCAUGGAUUGUCCUGUGCAUGGUUGUUUGUCCUGUCUCUCUCUAAAUUGAGCAGGAUCCAUUAAAACAUCUUUUGGAAUAAUUCUUGUUAUUUUCUUAACCUCCUCCCAAAAAGCCCUGAUUUUGUUGCAUUGCCAUGAGCAAUGUAAUAGUGCCCCUUUCUCCACCAUGCAUACACAAAUCUAGAAUGAUGGGGUUAUAUUUAUUCAGUUUUACAGGUGUGAUGUAUAUUCUCAAAGUCCAUUUAUACUGUAAUAGUCUAGAUUUUGUUCUAAUGGAUUGAGUAUGGGGGCUGCACAAUGGCGCAGUUGGUAGCACUGUUGCCUUGCAGCAAAGAGGUUCAGACAUAAUAAAAGUGGCAUGUGUGGGUUCUCCCCGGGUGCUCCGGCUUCCUCCCACAGUAUAAACAUGACUGUUAGGUUAAUUGGUCUGUCAAAAUUCUCCUUAGGUGUGAGUGUGUGCAUGCAUGGUUGAUUGUCCUGCCUCUCUCUAAAUUGAGCAGGAUCCAUUAAAAUAUCUUUUGGAAUAAUUCUUAUUUUCUUUACCUCCUCCCAAAAAGCACUGAUUUUGUUGCAUUGCCAUAAGCAAUGUAAUGCAUACACAAAUCUAGGAUGAUCAGGUUAAAUUUAUUCAGGUUUACAGGAGUGAUGUACAUUCUCAUAGUCCAUUUAUACUGUAAUAGUGUAGAUUUUGUUCUAAUGGUUAGAGUAUGAGAGCUGCACAACGGCACAAUUGAUAGCACUGUUGCCUUGCAGACAAGCGGUUCAGACAUAAUAAAAGUGGCAUGUGUGGGUUCUCUCUGGGUGCUCCAGCUUCCUCCCACAGUAAAAACAUGACUGUUAGGUUAAUUGAUCUGUCCAAAUUCUCCUUAGGUGUGAGUAUGUGUCGCAUGGUUGUUUGUCCUGUGUGUCACUGUGUUGCCCUGGGAUGGAUUGGCAACCUUUACAAUUCCAUGUUGUGAAUUUAAGUUCUAGUUUUUGCACCAUUUAAAAUGAAAACACUGACACUUUUACAUAAACUGUUGUUACAUUUAACAUAAAUUGUCUGAGAGCAUUAACAUAUUCAAACAUAAACAUAAACUCUGAAAACAGUGCAUCUUUAUUUCUUAAUCAAAAUUAAAGAUUUUCUGUGCAGGAUAUGGGAACACAGCAACAUGAUUUUUU